AUGCAACAAGAAGAAGCAGACAAGGUGAAAACAACGGUGGUGAAGCCGAUAGUCUUCGGCAACGUCUCUCGAUAUCUGGGCAAAAAGCGCGAGGAAGAUGGCAGAACACAUUUAUGGACGGCAUUCCUGCGCCCCUUUGACCCACACGAAGACAUGUCUGCCUACAUUCGUCGCGUUCAAUUCAAGCUUCACGACAGUUAUCCCAACCCUGUCCGUAUUUUUAACAAACCGCCCUAUGAGUUAACUGAAACGGGUUGGGGAGAAUUCGAUAUUGUGAUCAAAGUCACUUUCACAGACCCAAACAUGAAACCACUUGUCAUCACGCACCUACUCAAACUCUUCCAUUGCGACCACGAGAUAAUGAUGGGUCAAAAGAGUCUUGUUCGAGAGAUCUACGACGAGAUGAUCUUCGUUGAUCCCUCUCCAAUGUUCUACCGCGCCUUGAUUGGUGCGUCUCGGGGAGAUGUCAGCAAACUUCCUCCGGUUCACCACGAAACUGAUUUCAACGAAACCAAGCAUCAGGCGCUUGCUCGAAUAGAGGACUUGAACAGAAAGGUCACUGACGCGAUUAUUGCAUACCGGGAACAGUUGAACUUGAAAAAGGACAUUGUUGAAGAAGCCAGGGUACUUGCAGAUGAAUUAGAAACGUCUUGUAUGGGGUCGUUGAACUGA